AAUAACAUAGACACACACUCUCUCACUCUCUCUUUCUCAUACACACACACUCACACACUCUUCCAGCUUGCUUCUCAGUCCGCUACGUUACGUGUGAAGAGGAAUUUAUUUACUUUAAACAUCGCAUCGACCGCGAGGCGACAGAACCGUAUGUGCUAACGGCUGCUGACUAACUUACUUUGUGUGGCGGUUUUUUCUGUUUUGUUUUGAACUCAGUUUUGAAUUUGACAGCUCGCUCUCGCGCUGUCCAGCGGACCAACGGAAAACUCUGAAAGUUAGCCUAGCAUGGCCGAGACAGCAGCAGCGCCCGCGGCGAAGCCCAAGAGGGCGAAAACCCCCAAGAAGGCGGUCUCGCACCCCAAGUACUCGGACAUGAUCAAGGCGGCCAUCGUCGCCGACAAGAGCCGCGGAGGGGCGUCGCGGCAGUCCAUUCAGAAGUACGUGAAAAGUCACUACAAGGUGGGCGAGAACGCCGACUCUCAGAUCAAACUAGCCCUGAAGAGGCUGGUGGCCAGCGGGCUCCUGCGCCACACCAAGGGCAUCGGAGCCUCAGGCUCCUUCAAACUCGCCAAAGCCGACGAAGUCAAGAAGCAGCCGGCCAAGCCCAAGGCGCCGACCAAAGCAAGGAAGCCAGCAGCCAAGGCCGCCCCCAAACCCAAAAAGGCCCCCAAGCCCAAGAAGGUGGCAAAGUCCCCAGCCAAGGCGAAGAAGAGCAAAGCGCCGGAGAAGAAGGUGAAGAAGGCGGCCGAGAAGAAGAAGAGCGCCGUCAAGGCUAAGAAAGUGGCCAAGAAGCCGAAGGUGGCCAAGGCAGCCAAGGCGAGCAAAGGCAAGAAGGUGAAAACGGCCAAGCCCAAGCCGAAGACAGCGGCCAAGAAAGCAGCUAAGAAGAAGUGAAGGAGUGAGGGGACUUUUAAAAAAAAGUUCAUCUAGAACUCUGAGACUGACUAAUACACAAAACGCCCUCAAGCUGACUGUACAUAGACUUUUCUGAGGAAGUUGUUUUUGCUAUAAUUAUUAUUUUUGUAUGGUCUCUCUGUGCUGACUUCAACCCAACCUUUUUACAGUUUCUUCCACCACUACUUUGCACUAUUGUGACAUGAUACGAGACCCUACUAUCUAAAUAAACAAGGGUCUUAAUAAUUAUUGCAAUUAUGUGGCUAACCAUUGUUAUUUAUUUUUUAUUUUCAUCUGAACGUUUGGUUAAGUAGUUUGGACGACCCUAAAUGACAUCUGGACGCUGAUACGGAACAGUGUAUUGUGUUGGUAGGACUGUAGGCUUAAACCGAAGGUGAAUGGUGACAUCCGAACGGUGAGCAUUGAUUUUUGCCUUGUGAUGUGCUGCCCUCUGUCGGCCAAAAGGACAUAAAGGACUGUAGGAGCUUUGAAAGGAGUUCUAAAACAAAAUCUUCAAAUUAUAGUUUAUCCAAGUAUAAAUCGUGCUUCAUCGUUAUGUCAGGUUGUUGUAAACAUUUUAGCCUGUACCUGUGAUAACUGUUCCAGACGCCUUUGUAUACUGUACAACAAUAAACUUUUUUCUCAUCCUUGUA